CUUCUAACCACCGUCGUCAUCACACAAACUUACAGCCUCGCUCUCUCACCUUUCAGCCCUGCCCACGUCACACACACACACACACACACACACACUCUCUCUCUCUCUCUCUCUCUUUCUCUAUUACACCUCGACAAUGCCAUCAGACAACGCAGCACAAGACCAGCAGCGCCCCCCCGCCAUCAACUACAUCCUCAGCUUCAUCCUCGUCGGCCUCGCCUGGGGCCUCACCACGCCCUUCAUCCGCCGCGCCGCCCGCUCGCACAAGCCGCCCUCCCACGCCAUCCUCGCCCGCCCGGCCGUCCAGGCGAGCUGGCUCCGGCGCACCCUCUACGGCGCCUUCUUCGCCGUUGUCGAUCUGCUGCGCAACCCGCGCUACGCCGUGCCGCUGGUGCUCAACCUCACCGGCAGCGUCUGGUUCUUUCUUCUCAUUGGCAAGGCCGAGUUGAGCCUUACGGUCCCGAUUGUAAAUGCCAUGGCCUUUCUCUUUACCGUUUUGGGCGAGUGGUUCGUUGAGGGGAAAGUGAUCAGUAGAGAAACUGGAAUUGGAAUGGUUCUGUCAUUGGCCGGAAUCGCCCUGUGUGUUCAAAGCAAGAACUGAGGGGGUUCAUCCCUUGGAGCGUUGCAUAAUGGUAGCAUUUUAGAAACAAAACUCGUUGGCUUGAAUAAAGUUGUAUUCAUUUGAAAAGAUAAUUGAAUGAUUUGAACAAAAAAUCUAGAGUCUGCUCCAGGCAGCUCAGGAAAAAGAAUAGAAAGAGAGAAAAAAAUGUCUAUGGCCC